AUGCGGAGCUGGGGCAAGUGGGUGUCGGAAAUCCGCCAGCCGCGAAAGAAGUCGCGCAUCUGGCUGGGGACAUACCCCACGGCGGAGAUGGCGGCGCGUGCCCACGACGUGGCGGCGCUGACCGUCAAGGGGGAAUCAGCGGUGCUCAACUUCCCCCACCUACGCGGAUCCCUGCCGCGUCCGGCGUCGGUAGCGCCGCGGGACGUGCAGGACGCGGCGGCGAAGGCGGCGGCGAUGGAGGAUAUUCGGCCGCCGCCUCCGCCGGAUUCGCCGGAGACGUCCAACAGCGCGUCUUCCGUUAGCUGCGAUGCGGCGGCGGCGGGCUCGGACGACCUGGGGGAGAUCAUCGAGCUGCCGAGCCUGGAGGGGGGCGACGGGACGGCUGAGUCUGGUGGGGGGAUGGCGGUGGUGGAUUCGGCGGAGGGGUGGCUGCAGCCGCCGUGGUGGGCUUCGGACAAGGAUUUCUGCGAGUAUUUUCUCGAUCAGGUGGCGGCGGGCGGCGGGAGUUUGAUUUCCAUGCAGCUGUGA